ACACACACACACACACACACACACACACACACACACACACACACACACAAACAACAGAGUGCAACGGCAACACUUUUCCAUAACAUUUAAAAAUGUUUUCUUCAUUGCUAUAACAACGCUUCUCUCUUUCCAAACAGUAUUUAAGCAUUGUUGAUUAAUACACAAAUUAGGAACAUGUAACAUGUUUCAUCACAAAUUAACAAUACCAUAUGGAGAUUUAUUCAUAUUUUACAACUAAAAUAAAUGCUUAUCGGAAGCUAUUACAAAUAAACCGGAAAUUAAAUCAGUGGAACAUUUCACAAUCUUGACCUGGACUGCUUUUAUCCAUUCACUAUAUUUCAUUUACCAACAUUUCAGCAAACACAAGUCAAACUUGAAAGAACACAGGAGAGCUGCUUGAAUAUGACGUUAAAUAUACCUUAAUGCGUUUAAUAUACUCAGUUCAAAUUAUACCAAUGUUUUAUUAACAGUAUAUGAUUUUAUAUUUAUAUCUCAUAUAUACAGGAGACUAAAUCAACAUAAAGAGACUUUUAUUAUAUAAAAUAUAUAAGUGCAGUAUAAAAACACCAGUAUAACUUAAAUAUCAAUAAAAUAUCAAUUUCUGAGAGGUUAAACUUAGUAGCUGAGAGUUUCCAAGGUUUUGUUCAGUUACAUUUCUGACGUAGUAACUUAUAGUGUUACAUUUGACAUUUUCUUUCUCUUAAGAUCAUUUACAGAAUUAAUAAUGCACUGUAAAUAAUAACAAAGUUAACAUGAAGUCCUUUUUUUUAAAUUGCUCUUGCACUAUAAAGACUGUAAAUAUAUUUAUUAGAUAUGUGAGUGUAAUUCAUGUGUACAUAAUCUAUAUGCAGUCUUUUAAAUUCAUAUUUACGUUUGCAGGUACAAAUAAAGGUAAUCGAUUUUCUCUGGAAAGUCAUUGAAAUAAAUGCCUUAUAAAUCACUUUUUGGCAGAUUGUGCAGUAUGUUUAAAGCUUUUUACUUUUCAUCACCUCCAGUGGAACACUGCCAGCUGUUGGAUCAUCCUCAUUAACAUUACUUUGCUUACAGCAUCAAAUCUGUGUUUCUAUUGAACCUGUUUGCACCAGCACUUUUCCUUUGUCACACCACUGAGCGUGAAUAGGGGUAUUUGUGUCAAUGUGUGGGUCAUGAGGCUCCUGAAUAGCAUCAGGAGCUGCUGGAUGUUUCGCUUCUGCAUGGUGGUGGAUGAAGAGCACCUUUGGAGAACAAUGUGAGGAUGAAAUAAGUCUGGAGACUUGGGUUAUAUUCUGGCAUUUUGGGAAAUUGCAAGGAGAAGAGCAGGUAUGACUGUAUAUGUGUUUUCUCACAGAGAGAGAGAGACAGAGAGAGAGACAGAGAGUGUCUUGGUGUCCUGGUGAGGAAGGGGACGAGCCAUUUCUUUGGCAAUAACAGCAAAAAGAGUGCUUUCAGAGCUUUAAUUGAUCUCUAAUACAUUUUGAGAUGUCUUUCAUACUGGAAGCUCUGGAUAAAUUGACUUAUCUCCUCUCUCUGAUAGUAUUCUGUGUCAGGAUGUCGAAUAGCUGGCUGAAACGAACACCUAGUAAUUUGGUUCACAGUAAUCUGUAAUCUGAACACCUAGUAAUCUGUGUUUGGAACAAGUUUGACACUUAUCAUUGAUUGCAUGUGAGAAAUAGUGAUCUGUGGCGUGUUUCACGUGCCUACAGGCUCUGGAUCGAUCAUAAGUAAGUUACAAACCUGAAGAAUCACAAGAUGUUUUUUUACAAGUGUAGAAGUGUAGCUUUUAUGUUGAUAACAAGCAGCUUAAGAUGUGAUCAUAAUUAAGUAGACUCCACGGUACACUUUGUUGGUUUAAAAGGACUAAAUUUAGAAAUGUAGGUUUAAUGGAGCUAGUGAUAAGAUUGUACUAGUUAAAGAAGAUUACAUACCUGAAAGCUGCUUGGACUGAGUCAGUGUAAUGUCUGAGUGAACUUUCCAUGUUUUCAUGUGUGACUCGUGAUGGUGUAAAAAGCUCAUAAACAGUUUUAUAUGUAAAAGGAUUUGACUGUUUUGAAUAUCUAUCUGGUAGGUACAAUUAUUGAAAGCCUGACACACAAUGGCACAGCACAUGCUUCUGACCUUGUGCCAUGUUCUCAUGUUGGCAUUGCAUAUUUCUUCAUCUGAGGAUUUUGACUGGACCAAGAAUGAGAAGGGAUCCUUUCAUUAUGGCACUUUCCCUACUGGUUUCUCUUGGGGUGCUGGAAGCUCAGCAUAUCAGACUGAGGGAGCCUGGGAUAAAGAUGGCAAAGGGAUGAGCAUCUGGGAUGUGUUUUCACAUGAAAGAGGGAAAAUCCACCUGAAUGGCACUGGAGAUUCUUCCUGUGAGAGCUACUACUACCUCAAGGAUGACAUCUUGUUAAUGAAAGACAUGAAGCUGAAUCACUACCGCUUUUCUAUUUCUUGGCCAAGGAUCCUACCCACUGGAAUAAAGUCUGAGCAAAUCAAUGAGAAGGGAAUACAGCACUAUGAGAGUCUCAUCAAUAUGCUCCUGGAGAAUCAGAUCACACCCAUUGUAACCCUUUAUCACUGGGAUUUGCCUCAGGUUCUUCAGGAGAAAUAUGGCGGAUGGCAGAACAGCAGCAUGGUCAGUUUAUUUAAUGACUAUGCCAACCUGUGCUUUGAGAGAUUUGGUAAUCGGGUUAAACACUGGAUCACCUUUAACAAUCCAUGGUCAAUUGCAGUGGAAGGUUAUGAGACUGGUGAACAUGCUCCUGGACUGAAACUGAAAGGCACUGGCGCCUACAAGGCUGCCCACAACAUCAUUAAGGCUCAUGCUAAAGUUUGGCACACAUAUGACAUCCAAUGGCGAAACAAACAGAAAGGAAUGGUGGGCAUCUCUCUGUCUACUGACUGGGGGGAGCCGGUGGACAUCACGAAUCAGAGAGACAUCGAAGCAGCCGACAGAUACAUGCAGUUUUACCUGGGGUGGUUUGCAGCACCGCUCUUCAGUGGAGACUAUCCUCAAGUGAUGAAGGAAUACAUUGGAAGGAAAAGUGCUCAGCAAGGCUUGGGGAGUUCCCGUCUGCCUACUUUCAGCCCACAUGAGAAAAGCUACGUCAAAGGCACCUGUGACUUCCUGGGAAUCGGCCACUUCACCACACGCUACAUCACACAGAAGAACUUUCCUUCAAACCAUGGAAGUACUUACUUUACUGAUCGGGACUUAGCUGAGCUAGUAGACCCGGUCUGGCCUGAUCCUGGCUCUGAAUGGCUUUACUCAGUGCCGUGGGGCUUCCGUCGGCUGCUUCACUAUGUGAAGACACAGUAUGGAAACCCUAUGAUAUAUGUGACAGAAAACGGCGUCUCAGAGAAGAUAGUGUGCACUGACCUGUGUGAUGAAUGGAGGAUGCAGUACUUCAGGGAUUAUAUCAAUGAAAUGCUUAAAGCUGUAAAUGAAGGGGUAAAUGUGAAAGGAUACACUGCGUGGUCUCUGCUCGACAUGUUCGAAUGGGACGAGGGCUACUCCGAGCGGUUUGGACUUUACUAUGUGGACUUUGGUAGCAAAAAUAAACAACGUUACCCAAAAGCCUCUGUUCAGUUCUACAAACGCAUCAUCAGCUCCAAUGGCUUUCCCAAUCAGAGAGAGAUCGAGAGCUGGAAAAGGAAAGCGACGGAAACCUGCACCUCCAGUAAUCAGCUUCUAGCAGCAGAUCCACUGAGCAGUCACAUGGAGCUGGUGACGGAGAUUGUGGUUCCUACCGUAGGUACCGUCUGUAUUCUCCUCACAGCCGUUUUCUUCAUGUUCCUCCUGAAAAGUCGGCUCUGAGAUCCUGAAUUCUGCAUCUGUCAAUCCUUUCUGUUCUUCUGAAGCAAAUUCCUCCCUUACUUAUCUCCAGCCGCUGAGUUAUUUAAUACUUUCUGUAUGAUAUUAAACUCUCAGUGGGAAAGUUAAAGGUUUGCUGAUUGAUCUGACGUGAAGGCUGAAUUUUGGACUCUCCAUGUGGCUACAGACAUUCUGGGUAAACAUUUGAUACUGUAAGUCUCUGAGAGCUCAUAGUGAUAGUGGGUAUGGGAAUGCACAGUGGAAAUGCAAUAUGUAACACCUAUAACUCAAAUAAAGGUUAUAUCCCUGUAUUUUGUUUCAUAA